UUCCGGAAGUCACGUGGCUCCCUGAUCGCGGGAUAGUAAACUUUUCCCGGUACAGAAACAAAACCACCCGAUCACACCGAACCAGGCGCCUUAUUGAUCCAACCAAUCAAUGCACAUCCUUCACAAUGAUGCUCCAUAUAGCGCCUUCGUCCUUUGUACCUAACUUGUGAUUGCAUCUUCAUCGCCGGGUGUUUGAAUGCAUAAAAAUGAAACGAGAUUCAAGAUGCUCUACCGGCAAGUCGGCCCUCCUUACCAGUAAUGAGCUCCUCCAGGUCGAGAGGUUCAAGUGCUCUCACUGUGGCAUCAUCUUCACGGCCAAGCUAGAGCUGCUGGAACAUCUGCGUGAAGAGCACGGCCUGAAUACAGAGAAGGCCAUCAGGAACGUCGUUAAUGCCGGCCACCUGACCAGCAAUCGGGUCCCAGUCCAGAGGUACCAGUGCAGUCACUGUUUCAUCUUCUUCCCGUCCAAGCUAGAGCUGCUGGACCACCUGGGCAAAGAACACAGCCUGAACGUAGAGAACGCCCUCAGCACCGCCAGGAGGGCCUGCCCCGUGCCGAGCACUCAGAGCCCCCCAGUGCAGAGGUUCCAGUGCAGUCACUGUGUCCUCAUCUUUGAGUCCAAGCUCAUGCUGUUGGAGCACCUGGGCAAGGACCAUGAUCUGGACGUAGACAAGGCCAUCAGGAACGCCACCUUACCACCCCCAGGGGAGGCCACACCGAGCCCGAAGCCCUCAGAGGAGGUCGCCACAGAGAGGAGCAUAUCUGCGUUGCAGCCGGAGGUGAACAGGCUGAACAGGACACCGGACACGUUGAGUACAGUAAUGGGAAAUAAGCUGGUGGCCAAUGAAAAGAGCCCCCCCAAUAUUGCAAAGCCUACCUCAAAAAACAAGCGUGUCUCCAGCCUGGCCGGCCGCGGGAAAGGAAGCCAAGAAACAUCCAGAAAGAUAACGCAGUACUUCAGCGCAUCGUCUGGGCAAAACGUUAAGUCUUCCUUGAGUUCCUUCUAUCAUGUGACGUCACCCGACCUGUUACAGAGGGCAGAUACUGUCACUCCUCCUGUUAAGAAUCCUAGGCAUGGAAUGAUAAAGAUUAGAUUGCCAACAUGUGCACCAAGAAAACCUCUCCUCCCAGACGGGUCUACAGUUACUCUUGAACUGAUCAAUGGGGAGGAAGAUCUGAAAUUACCCAAAAAGGACUUUAAUGACCAACAACACAAUGGAAAUGCUGGUAUUUCUCGACCAAAACAAAUGGAAGAUAAUCCUUCAAUAAAUAGUCCUACACCCAGAAGCCUCCGAGCAGACCUUCAGUGUGACUCGUGCACGUUUUGUCACAAGUCUGUGGUGGCCAUGUUUGUGCACUACCAAUCACAACAUCCCCAAAUAGUUAUUACUUUGGAUCAAAUCAGACGAACCAGAGCUUUGGUCUCCGAUACAAAACCUCUGUUACCUGAAACGAGUUCAGAAGAUCUCAUCCUGGACGCACCAAAUCAGGAUGAGUCACCAACGGACCCUUCUGAGGAAAAUCCUUCUUCAGGUUCUUCAGAGAGAACAAAGGUCCAGUCUGAACCGCUACCUGAAGAAAACACAUCUGCUGUAGAUCCACCUGAUCCCCCUGACGCUCCUCAGCGCCCCCUUGUGGACGCCACUGGUGCUCCCUGCAGCGUCCGACCCCCGACUCCCAUACUGAGCGGUCAGAAGACUCAGCUUGGCGCGAGCACGAGUCCUCCGGUGCUGGGACCCCCCCGCUGCGCAGCAGUGGACAGCGCAGUGGGGGGGUCCCCCGCCAUCAGUCGUCCUCGGAUCUCUAGGAACGCCCCCCCUCGCCGCCCGACUCCGCCCCAACACGAGGCCCCCGUCCGGAAGGAGUCCUGCGCCGGAGUAGAAGCCCCCGGCAGCCCUGCCGACGGCCUCAAAGACGGAGGCCACGGUGAAGCCAAAGAGGCAGAAGAGCUGGUGAUUCGUAGAUCGCGUGGCAAGAACUUGUUCUUCUGCCCGAAGUGCAACUAUGGGAACCGUUGUUUAAGACUCGUUUUGGUUCACUUUAAAAACAAACACAAAGGGUUUCAAACGACGACACUUACUAUUUCCAAUUACACAGAAGCCAUUCACAGACAAAUGAAGAAAUCGAAAUCCCCAAACAAUCAGAUUACUGUUUUAUCCUCUGGUCUGCCUGUCCCCAUUCUGCAAGGCCAGGGCUUCUUCUUUUGUCCCCAGUGUAACUACGGUAACCAGCUCAUAUCAAGGGUCAUGGACCAUUUGAAAAAGUCUCAUCCUGAUGGUAAGAUAUCCAAGAGGCAAAUAUUUGGAUAUACUGCUGAGGUUUAUGAACAACCCUGCGAAGAACAGUUGAAGUUUGAGGCUAUCAGCCGGCCGUCCGAGCCAGCGCUUGGGGAGAGAAAAAUCACACCCUUUUUGUGCCACAGAUGUGACUAUGGUGCCUCAAAUGCGUAUCUUUUAAAAAGGCAUUUAGGUAAAAAUCACAAAAUUCAUCAAAGUGCUGAAAAUAUUUUAAGAACGGCCUUUGCCAAAGGACGUAUAGAGGAAGGUUUCCACUGCCAGUGGUGCCAUUUUUCAGACAAGAAAGCCGAAAGAGUCUUCGACCAUUACAAAGAAAAGCACAGAUCCAAUGUUAGUAGCCUUAAACACAUCAUAAAUCACUUCCACAUGGCUCCCAAAGAUGCUCCCUCUAAAAAGGAAAAGGAGCCCACGUCUCCAGCGAUGAGAUGGAGGAUCUCAUCGGGGACCAAGAAGGCCAAGAGCUUCUCAUGCUGGAAAUGUUCCUUCAAAAGUAUUUCAUUGACCGGCCUCACAAAACACAAAUCCAGGGCUCAUCCCAGCCCUGUGAAGGGAAAGGCUUCAGCGUCUGAGGACCUCGGUCGCGAGGCUGAGGACCAGAACAGCCAUGCAACGGAAGCAGAUGGUCAGCUUGACUAUAAUCUGGCCCCCAAAACACUGGAACCAUCGCCCGGUCUUUCCUCCCAAAGUACCCCUUCUUCCAGAGUGUACAUGUGCCGUUGCUGUUCCUUACUCUUCAGUACAUGGCAGGGACUCAAGAUUCACUACGGAAUGAAACACUUUGAGGAGUGGAAGAGUCAGCCGUCCCUGUUUGAGGAGGAGGCUGCGCUGGAGGGCCACAGGACGGAGGGGAACGUGGUCUUCAAGUGCCCGUGGUGUGUGUAUGUGCACACGACCAGGCAUGGGGUCGUCUCUCACUGCCGUGCCAGACAUCAUACCAAAAAGGUUAGAGCUGAAGUGUUUGAAAAACGUUUAGCCCACGUGCCCCACGGGUCCAAUGGGGGCAACCCCCGCUCCAGGGUCCGUGCGGGGGGGUACAUGUGUCACACCUGCAACGAGGUCUGUCGCUCCCUGAAGAAAUUCAACCUGCAUGACGUGAAAUGCCAUGGGGACUCCGGUUCGUGUGUCCUCAAACCAGCUGCUAAAUAUGCACUAACAAAGCAACUGCUGUCUAAAUACCAGGGCUCGAUGAAGAAGGGCUUCUCCAAGAAGAACCAAGCCGGGCUCCUGAAGUGCCCGUGGUGCAAACACGUCGAGAAGAGCAAAGAAGCCUUGGCUAAACAUGUCAACGCCUGCAGCAAGAGCAUGCGCGACGUGUUCAAGUGCACUGUUUGUUCAUAUAUCACAUUAUCAAACAAAUAUCUGAAGCAACAUUAUAGAACCGCGCAUGGGCUCGAAUCCAAAACACCUGCGAUGGAGUACACCGCCGUGAGCUAUAACUGUAAGCUCUGCCCGUAUGUGUCUUCAAGGCGUCGGUAUCUGCUCUGUCACUACACCAAGUCUCAUGGAAUGGACCCCCCUGAAGAGUUGAAAGUCAAAAAGUCUUUUGAGUGUCAGAAGUGUGGUCAGAUGUUGAGCUCCGCCAGCGGUCUCAGUGCCCACUACACGGGGGUUCACUUGGCACAUUUUCAAAUGGACUUUAAAGUGCUCUACCGCUCAGCCAAGCGGCGUGCCGUGGCGGGCUAUGCCUGCCACCGCUGCGGGCUGGAGGUCCGGAGCACCAGGCAGCUGCGGGUUCAUCUGGACCUCCACAGGGCGCAGCAGCGGGGGGGCGUGUCCGACCGGGCCGUGGCCCCCUCCAGUCAGUCCAACAGGAAAGGGGCGUCGCCGAAGCCCGUGACCAGCCCAGCCCCCGAGAAGGCCCCCCCCCGGGCCGAGGCCCACGCCUGUGCCCUCUGCGGCCGCUGGUUCCCCUCCCUGCUGGGCCUUCGUGUCCACGAGCGCCGCAGCCACGGGGAGGAGGCGGCGGUGGGGGGGCCGGCCCCGGGGCCCGCCGCCCUGUCCACGGACCGCUUUGACCAGUGCACCCAGUUCCGACCCGGGAGUCUGAAAGCGUUCCACUGCCUUAUCUGCGCUUAUCGCACCAACAUGCUGUGUCUGCUGAAGAGCCACUUCCGGAAGAAACACCCAGAGCCUCCAGCUGACCGGAGCGCUGGUCCAUCGGGGAGCCUCGAGGUGGAGGGGGACGGCCCCCCAGCAGCGGGGGACCCCCCAGCCGAGGAGAACCCCCCCGCUGCCCAUCCAGACCUCCAGAGGGACCCCUCCCCGGCCCCCCUGCCGGCAGUCAAAACCAGCAAACACUCUGUGUACUCGGAGCCAGCAGAGGUCCAGAGACAGCUGAGUCACUACAGAUCAAUGGCGCCGGCCAAUAGCGUGGCUCCUUUGUCCGCGGAGGUGUCUGGCGAUAGGACGCUGCCCUGCGAGUUCUGCGACUUCUCCAGCGGGCACUGGUCGAGUGUGCGGCGGCAUUACAUGAACAUCCACGGCAAGAAGGUCCACCGCUGCAAGGACUGCUGCUACUUCACUGGACUCAGGAGGAAGCUGGAUCUGCACAAGAAGACGGGUCACUCCCGCGGCCCGGCGCAGCCCCCGCCCCAGAAGAGGCUCCGCUGCCCGCUGUGUCUCUACCACACCCUCAGCCGGGACCACCUGGUGGACCACGUCGUGCUGCACCGCCAGGAGCGCGUGGUCCCCAUCGAGCUGCGGCGGCCCAGGCUGUCACGCUACCUGGCGGACGUGGUCUUCCGCUGCCAGGAGUGCACCUUCACCUGCGGCAGCGCGGGCGCCCUGGGGGCCCACGCGCUGAAGCACGGCCCUGCGGGGCCCUACGCCUGCCGGCUCUGCUACUUCCGCUGCCCCCGGCUCAGCCUGCUGGAGGCGCACCUGUGGGAUAAGCAUCAGGUGGAGAGGAACCAUGAGCUGGUGGGACAGGUGACCCUGGACCACCUGGAAGGGAGGAGCGGGGGGGGGGAGGAGGGCCAGGACGCAUGGUCCCACCCCAGGGAGGGGAACCAGGAUGAAGAGGGGGUCACCCCAGGGUGGGACGGGGUUCAACGCCGAGGGAAGCAGGAGGGACGAGACGCCACGGAACGGCCGCGACGCAGAAGAGAGGAGGAAGAGGAGGGGCUGAGAGGUCAGGAGGAAGAGGAGGGGCAGCGGCGUUGUGAUGGGCGACCGCCGGCAGCACCGAGGGGCUCGGAGGACGGGUGUACUGGGGGGGUGGGGUUCACGAGCAAACGGAGGGCAGAGGGCGAGGCCUCGGCGCUGGAGGACGGGGGGGCCGUGGGACCCCCCGGGGGGCCGGGGGCAGACGGCGGGCCCUCGGGGGCUCAGGGGUCCUCCGGCGCGUCUGGGAGGCCGCCGCCCGCCGCCCCCCCCGUCCCAGACGGAGCCGCGGACACGGAGCCCCGUGAGGAGCCGUCGCUGAGCCCGGAGGUCCCGCGGGACCACCGGGCGGGGCGGGGCGACGGGCUGGGGAGCCCUGAGAUGCCCGUUCUGGAGAACGUCUACCUGGACCGGAGACUCUCCGGGCAGGGCUCCCUCCAGCGCGGAGGGUCCCCCAGCGGAGGAGCCCUGGGGGGCUCGGGGGACCCGGGGACCUCUCCCACCAAAGCCCCCGCAGACCCCAGCGCCGCCCCGAGGACGCGCUCUGGAGACCCCGGCGCGCUGAGCUGCCCCUACUGCGGACGCAUCUUCUGCACCGCCGCUGAGCUGCAGGGUCACGUCAAGAGGCACAGGAUGUAGAAUCAGAGCCACAUCAAGAGGAACAGGAUGUAGAAUCAGAGCCACAUCAAGAGGAACAGGAUGUAGAAUCAGAGUCAUGUCAAGAUGAACAGGAUGUAGAAUCAGAGUCAUGUCAAGAGGCACGGUAGCCUCAGACUGAUGGUCAGAUCAGCUGCUGACGAGUGUCUUUGUAAAUAAGUUGUUCUUUCUGUUUUAUUGGCUGUAAUCAGAUAUUUUAUGAACUUUGUAGAACUCUUUCUGUUACAAUGUCUGGACCUUUUUUUUUUCUUAAAUAUGUUUUCCAAUAAAACAAGUGUUUCUA